CACCAGUCACAUUUCAGCUGGCAGGACCGAAAAUGGCUGCAAUUGUGCGAUAUAAUUUGUUAACCAAGCCGCAAUUAGUUGCGACUCUGCCUGGCAGCCUGCAGCUGCAGCGGCUGCAGAGCACACAGGCCCCACCCGCGGGCACACCGCCACCUCAGACGAAGACCAAGUUUGGUCCCUUGGCCGAUGAAGAUCGCAUCUUCACAAAUUUGUAUGGACGCCACGACUGGAGGCUGAAGGGUGCCUUAAAGCGUGGCGACUGGUACAAGACCAAGGAGAUUGUCCUGAAGGGUCCCAAUUGGAUUAUCAAUGAGAUCAAGACAUCGGGUCUGCGCGGUCGCGGUGGCGCUGGCUUCCCCAGUGGCAUGAAGUGGUCUUUCAUGCAAAAGCCUGGCGAUGGACGCCCCAAGUACUUGGUGGUGAAUGCCGAUGAAGGCGAGCCUGGUACUUGCAAAGAUCGUGACAUCAUGCGUCACGAUCCCCACAAGCUGGUGGAGGGCUGCCUGAUUGCGGGCGCUGCCAUGGGCGCCCAGGCUGCAUACAUCUAUAUUCGCGGCGAGUUUUACAACGAGGCCUCCAACAUGCAGCUGGCCAUCGCCGAGGCCUACCAGGCUGGCCUUAUUGGCAAGAAUGCCUGCGGCACUGGCUACGAUUUUGAUGUCUUCAUGCACCGUGGCGCUGGGGCAUACAUUUGCGGCGAGGAGACCGCUUUGAUUGAGUCGCUCGAGGGAAAGCAGGGCAAGCCCCGCUUGAAGCCGCCAUUCCCCGCUGAUGUGGGUGUCUUUGGUUGCCCCACAACGGUCACCAAUGUGGAGACUGUGGCCGUCGCACCCGCUAUCUGUCGUCGCGGUGGCACUUGGUUUGCCAGUUUUGGACGCACCCGUAACUCGGGCACGAAGCUCUUCAACAUCUCGGGACACGUGAACAAUCCCUGCACCGUGGAAGAGGAAAUGUCCAUUCCGCUGAAGGAGCUGAUUGAGCGUCAUUGUGGUGGCGUUACUGGUGGCUGGGACAAUCUGUUGGGCGUCAUUCCCGGCGGCUCAUCCACACCCAUUAUUCCCAAAAAUGUAUGCGAUGAUGUGAUUAUGGAUUUUGAUGGCUUGAUUGCGGCCCAAACAUCGCUGGGAACGGCGGCCAUCAUUGUGAUGGACAAGUCCACGGAUGUGAUCAAGGCGAUUGCCAGACUCAUCUCGUUCUACAAGCACGAGAGCUGUGGCCAGUGCACACCUUGCCGCGAGGGCAUUGGCUGGAUGAACAAGAUCAUGACUCGCUUUGUCAAGGGCGAUGCUCAACCCGCUGAGAUUGAUAUGCUGUGGGAGAUUUCCAAGCAAAUUGAGGGCCACACCAUUUGCGCAUUGGGUGACGGUGCCGCCUGGCCUGUCCAGGGCCUCAUUCGUCACUUCAGACCCGAAAUCGAGAAACGUAUGCAACAACAUGCGCAGCAAACAAAGCGCGCCAGCAAUUAAGUUACAAUGUUAUAGCUAAAUUUAUUGAUUUCAUAAUCCCGCGUGCUCUUUAAUGCAUAUAAAAUGUAAUAUUCUCUAAACGA